AUUACAAGAGUUUUUAGUAAGAUUUAAUAGAUGUGGCCUAAUACGAAUGGGCAUAAGUCAAGUAAUCAUGGAUCCAUAUGUGAGAGGUUCAAUAUAUAUAUGGGCAGAACCCUCCUUUGUAACGGACCCUCGAUCCUUAAGAAGCAACGAGCGAUCAAGCUAAAGAGAUUUCCUAUUACUAGUUUUUCUUGUUCAGAAUGUUGGGUCGAAGCAGGUUCCUCUCGUUUCCCAUGGUAAUGGGUGCGGUCAUCAUUGGUGUUGUUUCCGGGAAAGCGAUAUUUGGGCCACCUCUUGAUGAAUACUGGAAAAAGAAGCUGGAAGAAGAGGCGGCCGCAAAGGAGACAGGUACUAGUACUACCAGCUCAAGUUAGCAUAGGUCAGGAUUCGGGAUAGUCAUGCUUAGCAACAUGGAUCUGUAGAGCUAGGAGAAAUGUUUUUUUGAUGAAACAAUCAUUGAAUAUGUAUAAUCUUGCAUGGAUAUUUAUGCAUUAAUUACCGAAGAAGAAUUUGCAAAGGUUGUCUUCUUUUACUUGCGACACCAUGUGGCUUAUCUACAAAAAUGAAAAAGGUCCGAUAGGAACCAACAAGGCCUUCCCUUUUGGCUGAACCACUAAAAGUGAUGAUGAACUUGAUAUCAUGUUCCUUCCAUUUGUGAGCCAUGGCCACUUGUUGCCCAUGGUCGAUAUGGCCAUGCUCUUCGCCAAGCUCGGCGCCACUGCUACAAUUGUCACUACCGAAGCCAAUGCUGCCCUCUUCCAUACCAAAAUCCACCGCGACAGAGUUGCUGGUUCCCGCAUUCGCUUACACACCAUUCCAUGGCCGGCAGCAGAGGUCGGUCUCUCUCCUGCUAUUCAAAAUCUUAGUACUGCCACACCGAUGACGAUGUCCAAGGUUUUCCAAGUGUUUCUCAUGCUCCAACCCCAACUCAGAGGCCUUAUCCACGAGAUGCGGCCAGAUUGUAUCAUUUCCGACGUCUUUUACCCAUGGACGAGUGACGUAGCAGCCGAGCUCGGAAUCCCACGGCUUGCCUUCAACGGUUCGAGCUACUUCGGUUAUUGUGCCGAACAAUGUAUGAAAGAGCAUAAGCCACAUCUUGAAGUUGAAUCCAACAACGAAAAGUUCAAACUUCCGGGGUUGCCUGAUGUUGUUGAAAUGAUGAGAUCAGAGUUACCAAGUUGGAUCGCUAGAGAAGAUGAUUUCUCACGAUUGCUUGAUGUCAUUAGAGAAUCAGAGAAACGAUGCUAUGGAAUGUUGAUGAAUAGCUUUUAUGAAUUGGAAGGCUCAUAUGAAGAACACUUGAAUAAGAUUAUAGGGAUCAAAACAUGGAGCAUAGGGCCAGUGUCAUUGUUGGCAAACAAGGAAAUUGAAGAUAAAGAAUCAAGAGGUGGAAACCCCAACAUUCAAACCACCAACUUACUCCAAUGGCUCAAUGAGAAAGAACCAAAUUCAGUUCUCUACAUCAACUUCGGAAGCCUGGUUCAAAUGAAUCCUAACCAAUUAACCGAAAUCGCACAUGCGAUUCAAGAAUCCAGUCAAAAUUUCAUAUGGGUCAUAAAAAAGAACAGCAAAGACGACGACGAGGACGACAUAGUAAACAAAGGGUUACCAAAAGGGUUUGAGGAGAGAAUGAGUAAAACCAAAAAGGGUUUGAUAAUAAAGGGAUGGGCUCCACAAUUGAUGAUAUUAGAGCACAAAAGUGUUGGAGGGUUUCUGACUCAUUGUGGUUGGAACUCAAUUCUUGAAGGAAUAAGUUCAGGAUUACCAAUGAUCACAUGGCCAUUGUUUGCUGAACAAUUUUACAAUGAGAAGUUGCUGGUUGAAGUGGUGAAGAUUGGAGUGGGAGUUGGGUCAAAGAAAUGGUGGUAUUUGGGAGAAGAAGAACAAGAGAUUAUUAAGAGGGAAGAGAUUGGAAAGGCCAUAGCUUUUUUGAUGGGUGAAAGUGUUGAAGCUUUGGAAAUGAGAAAGAGAGCCAGAGAAAUGGGAGAGGCUGCAAAAACAAGUGUGAAUUGUGGUGGUGCCUCUCAUAUCAACUUGGUUUCAUUGUUUAAGGAACUUCAAGAAACGAAGCUUAAGAGAGUGGUAAAUGGUCAGAAGAAUACUUAGGUGUAUUCUAAGUUACACCUAUUUCUUUAGGUCAGUCUAUUCAACUGUUUGCUUAUAGUUUGCCUGUCAUAUAGUAAAGUAUUUUUUUCUAAAAAUAUUUUGAGUAUUGUAAUCUUCUAUAUUAGGUUUAAUGAGAUGGAUAUUCAUAUUUAAAAAUACUUCGGUUCAUCUCCAAUCGUGCGAUUCA